GUCUCAUAUUUUUGACUAUAGGCUAAAUAAGCCAAACUGUCUACUAUUUUCAAAAAAUAUUUCAUCUCGUGUAUUGUUUUCGUGUCCCCGUAGAAAUGUGUUUCUUUAUGUUGAACAUUGGACGCAUUUGAGCAGAAGAGGACCGUAAAGUGCUCUGAUGUUGGCCAAUUUGCGUAUCUAGGAUGGCGAAGGAAUGUCCCGCCCUUAUCCACCUCUGAUUGGCUGGUACCCGCUUCCUUUGUUUGUUGGAUUGGUUAGGUUUAGGCAUGAGGAAGGAGAUUGGUUAAGGUUAAGGUGAGAGUACCAGAGUAAGCCAAUCAGAGGCAGGGUAGGGCGGGACAUGGCUUCGUCCUCCUAGGAAAUAUAAAUUCGCCUCCGGUUGUGUUGAGUUCGGACUGGUUUAAACCGACAGAAAGCUGCCGGAGCUUCUCCUUCCGACCUGCGGGGAGAAACACGACCUUCACCCCGCACACAGUGAGAGUUUACACACACCCAGCUGCAGAUAUUCACUCCCAAUAUGUCCACUUUCUGUGUCCUGAGGACUCGAUGCUUCCUCCGGCAGGUAUUCCCCGGCCUGCCCGCCGCCAUGCAGAGACACUACAGCCUGGAUGUGUCCGCUCCGCUGCUGCGGACGCAGGGCUACGUAGACGGGCGCUGGGUCUCCGCAGCCUCGGUGUUCCCUGUGCUGGACCCGGCCACCGGGGAGGAGAUAGCCCGGGUGUCAGACUGUGGCCCCGCUGAGGCCAAGCAGGCUGUGGACGCUGCGUACAAGGCGUUUCAUUCCUGGAAGCAGUACAGUGCUAAGGAGCGGAGCGUCCUGUUGAGGAAAUGGUUCGACCUGCUGAUGCUGCACAAACAAGACCUGGCCAAACUGAUCACGUUCGAAUCUGGAAAGCCCCUGCAGGAGUCUCUCGGGGAGAUUGGGUACUCCGCCUCCUUCCUGGAGUGGUUUUCGGAGGAGGCGCGCCGAGUGUACGGCGACGUCGUCCCGUCGCCCGCCAAAGACCGAAAGAUCCUCCUCCUCAAGCAGCCCGUGGGCGUCUCCUCCAUCAUCACACCGUGGAACUUCCCCAGCGCGAUGAUCACCAGGAAGGCCGGCGCGGCUCUGGCUGCCGGCUGCACGGUGGUGGUGAAACCGGCGGAGGACACGCCGCUGUCGGCGCUCGCCCUGGCCGAGCUGGCGGAGCAGGCGGGCAUCCCCGCUGGCGUGUUCAACGUAGUGCCGUGCUCCCGAGAGAGGACUCCGUCGGUCGGGGAGGUUCUCUGCACUGACCCACUGGUGGCCAAAAUCUCCUUCACUGGCUCCACCGCCACCGGCAAGGUGCUGCUGAAACUGGCUGCUGACACUGUGAAGAAGGCGUCCAUGGAGCUGGGAGGCCACGCCCCCUUCAUCGUGUUCGACAGCGCCGACGUCGACAGGGCGGUGGCCGGCGCCAUGGCGUCCAAGUUCAGGAACUCUGGACAGACGUGCGUGUGUUCCAACCGGUUCCUGGUGCAGAGCGGCAUUCACGACCACUUCCUGGAGAAGCUGGGCCGAGCGAUGGACGCUGAGCUGCGCCUGGGUCACGGCGCGGAGCCCGGCACCACCCAGGGGCCCCUCAUCAACACCCGAGCUGCAGAGAAGGUGGUCCAGCAGGUAUCGGACGCGGUGUCGAGGGGGGCGAAGGUGCUGCGGGGCGGGAAGCGUCUGGACGGCUCCUUCAUGGAGCCCACUCUGCUGGCCGGCGUCACCACGGACAUGAUCUGCACCCAGGAGGAAACCUUCGGCCCGCUGCUGCCCGUCAUCAGGUUUAACACGGAGGAAGAGGCUCUGGCGAUCGCCAACGCAUCUAACGUCGGGCUGGCAGGUUACUUCUACUCGCAGGAUGUGAGUCAGAUCUGGCGGGUGGCGGAGGCGUUGGAGGUGGGGAUGGUCGGAGUCAACGAGGGCCUGCUGUCCACCCCUGAGGCCUCGUUCGGGGGGGUCAAACAGUCCGGUUUGGGCCGCGAAGGCUCAAAGUACGGCAUCGAAGAGUACCUGGAGGUCAAGUACAUGUGCUUCGGAGGCCUGAAACCCUGAAACCUAACGGAGCAGCGCCACAGGUCCAGACUGUGGUACUACACUCAUUUAACUGCAGUAAUCAUUAAAGGUCCUAGCUGUAGAUCUCAGGUUUGAAUUGAUUUAAUUUUCAAAAAGUUUCUAUAUCAGAAAUGUGGGUUUCUUUCCACCAAAUUUUCAAAAGAAAGUAACGUGGAUGGUUCCCUACAACGCUCUUCACAAGUAAAAUAACUGAUCAGUUCAAUACUUUCAUUGAAUUUGGGUGUUUUAUUCAAUGUUAUUAAUUAAUGUCAGAAAAAGCUUCUUAAAUGUGGGGGAAAAAACACAAAAGUGACAAAAAAACAUCGGAAGUAGUGACAAAUGAACUCAGAUAAAAGUGACAAAAGUGUCGAAAAAGACGACCAAAACGUUUUAAUUUUAAAUUUUGACCGAGAAAAUUCUGAUGUUUUCCUAAACCUAAAACAAGCAACACAAAGGUCCGCUUAAUGCUUUAUUGUUCACAUUUACAAACAUUUCUUUAUUAUUUUUUACAAGAGAAAAGAUUUUUAACAUGAUGACUAACUCAUGAGUCACACGCAGUUAUAAACUUCCCCAAAUCCAAUAAAGACCAGGACACACGAUGCUAAUGUUAGCAUGAACUCUGAGAAAAGCAUCAUUCAUGUUUCAGUCCCGAAUGCCGCUUCUUCAUGCCACAAAAUAAUGCAGUUUGCUAAUAAAUAUCCCUUCGGGAAAACAGAAAAAAGAAGCUGCACACUUGAUUAUGGAAGAAAAGGGAGAUUAACUGUGAUGAAAUGAAUAAAUGCACAAAACCGUUUUGCUAGAUUUUUGUAAAAUCAUUGUAUUGAACAUCCCGAUGUUGACGUCCUGUAGAAGCCUGUUCAUGUAAAAAUCUGUAUUUUUUUAUGAUUAAAAUACUUCUAUAUGCUUUCAAAGUGGGUCUAAAAAUAAUUCCAAGCAUCAGAAUUCGGCCAUUUAUACAAAAAUGUGUCAGCGUAUUUGUCUUGUGUUUGGAACAUUAGCAAGUUUCUGAAGUCCUUGAACACAUUUCAAUAAUAUCUGUAAAGCCCAGUUCAGACCAAAGAUUGUUGAAACUUGCAGCUACUUGCAACGCUCUGGUCUGCAGAGUUCUGAAAGCUGCAACUUUAAUAAGACAAGACGGUGUAUCAUCUGCAUAGCAACAACUCUGUACUUCUGUUCUAACUUCAGACUUUCAGGCUUUUGGGUAGCUGGAUAUAUCAUUUGUAGCGUCUUAAAAUAUGAAUGAGGAGAGUGAUAGUGAGAUGCUCGCUACAACUGCAUUUCUAGUAGAGAUGAAACGGAGAAAACAUUUUAUUUGUCUGAUUCUCUGCUUUGUUCUAUCGCCGUAGCCGCUCCCUCUCUUCAGUCUCUCUCUAGUCUCUCAAUGCCAGACCUUCCUCUACAGCGCUGUGGAGGAGGGUCUGGCUAGUCCACACAGCAUUCCUGGAUGGGAGAAAAACGUGCUCUGGUUUAUUGGCAUUUCUUUAAACCAAUCACAAUCGUCGAGGCGAAAUAGCCUCGGGAAGGAACUUGUUUUGGUGGAACGUGUACGUUCAAAAGUAGUUUGUCGUGCAAAACUAGUCCGAGACUGGCCUGAAACUUUUCCUGCAACGAUCCAAAAUUAUUUAAUUUCACUGAGAAUCUAUGGUCUGAACUGGGCUUUAAACCUCUGUGUUGCAUAAACAUGUUCAUAAAUACAUAAAUGAAUAUAAAAUGUUGAACAAGCGGCGUGAUGUUAAUGUUAGGACGCCAGCUUUUAACAUGUAUGCAUGCACUUAUUAUUUUUGUAUUUUUUUUAAACAUAUUUCUUUACGGAGAUAAAUACCAUGAGAAGAUGUAAGUAAUUAUUGUGGUACGGUAGUUUAAUAAAUACCUUGUUACUGUUUAGAUUGAUGUUGUUGGGCAGGUUUUGUUUUAAACUUCUGACAGAUAACCACAGGAAGUAAAAUCAUGGUCGCCAAUGUUAUAAGUGCCAUAAAACAGACUUUUAUUUCUAAUGUGAAGUGAAAAUUGUCUUAACUGUGAUAUAAUGUUGUCGUCAUAGUUAAUGUAAAAAGAGGGGAUACAUUUUUGUAUUUCUGACUAUAGAUAUUAAUGGAAAAUUAAAGAGGAAAUUGUAAUACUA